UCAGAAACACAUGUGCAUCUAGAAAUGUAAACAAAACGAGUCGCAACGUGUUUUGCGGUGAUUUUAUGUGAGAAAUCAGUAAAUUUGUUCGAUUUAGAGAAGCGAAAGCAUGGAUAAAAGAAAAUUACGGCAGGAGGUACAAACACUCCGUUCGCUGGUGAAGAAGACGCGCAUCAGUAUCGUACGAAAACUGCUAAGAGAUCGCAAACAGUGGUCCAGCCGGCUGACCGGGGGAAGCUUAAACGCACGUGCGAAAAAGAAACUUGAAUCAGUGGUUGCUAUUGCGGACCACAUUCGGUCAGUGAAAACGAGCCAGCUGGUGAAAGAUAUUCUACGAUACACUCCGUCCGCCAAAGGAGCACCAGUUGACCCGGGAUCCAUCGCUGACCGUGCCGUUUUGCGAUUUCGGGCGGACAAAAAACUAGGUUGCCACUUGGCAACGCUCGAACGGCAAUAUGGCUUGGGGGACAAAUCGGUCAUUCUGCUGAACAUCUCUAAAAAACGAAAAGCCGAGAAGAAGGCAAAGAUAAGUAAGGGUAAAAAGACCAAGGACGAAAAAGAGCCCAAAAAGGCGAAGAAAAGUGAACCUAAAAAAGGAAAAGAAAAGAAAAAGAAACCCCCGAGUCGUGUAAACGAAAAUGAGUCUGACGAAGAUCAGCAGGAUGAUGAAAAUGAUUUUGAUGUGUCUGUUAGUGAAGCAGAAUCCAGCUCUAGUUCUGACUAUGCCUAUGGUGAUGAUGAUGAUGAUGAUGAUGGGAGUGAUAUGUCUGAAAGCAAUUCCUUAGAUCCUCCAGUAAAGAGCAUCCCAAAGCCAGCGAAACCAGCAGCGUUAAAGAAAGCUGAUCUUCCGGAGCAACAGAACAUAAAACAAAAGUCAAAGAAAAUUUCAAAUGAUUACAAACUCCCCGAGGACGAAGAUGAUGAACUUGGUACGGAGUUUAUUUCGGACAGUUUCUUUAUCACAGAAACUGGCAGUAGCUAUGUUGCUGUGGCACCGAAGUUAGCGAAAAAGGAUGAAGACGAGGAUGGCGGAGAGCAAGAAAACGAAGAAGAUGAACAGCCAUGGAAGUUCCCCUACAAGAGGAAAGUAAAAGAGGAUCAAUGGAAAGAGUAUGAAGAAGAGGAACCGAGUUCGGGCAAACGAUAUCGCCAGGAUCAUAUGCCCGCGGAGCCGGACGAAGAUUUACAUCCAUCGUGGGCAGCAAAACAAAAGCAGAAGGGUAUAAAACCGUUCGCGGGGAAAAAGGUUGUUUUCGGAGAGGAAGACAACCAUUCUACGUCGAACGGAAACGCGUCCGAGGAUCUCCACCCGUCGUGGGCUGCAAAACAGGCACAGAAAGGUAUUAAACCGUUCGCUGGCAGAAAGAUGGUCUUCGAUGACGAUGAUGCACCAAUCGCUCAACCAACAGCAUCAUCGAAUGGCGAUCUGCAUCCCUCGUGGGCGGCGAAGCAAGCACAGAAGGGAAUUAAACCAUUCGCCGGAAAGAAGGUGUUGUUUGAUGCCGAUGAUGAAAGUACCGACGUUCGAUCAUAUUCCUACGCCAAACCGGAGAGCGAUCUUCACCCGUCGUGGGCGGCGAAGCAGGCGCAGAAAGGAAUCAAACCAUUCGCGGGGAAAAAGGUGGUGUUUGGUGACAAUGACGACGGGAGUACAGUGAGACCAUCUUCUUCUAUGCCUGAAAGUGAUCUUCAUCCUUCGUGGGCCGCCAAGCAGGCUCAGAAGGGAAUCAAACCGUUUGCAGGGAAGAAGGUAGUGUUUGAUGCCGAUGAUGAAAGUACCGACGUUCGAUCUUAUUCCAACGCCAAACGAGACAGCGACCUUCACCCGUCGUGGAGCACAGUGAGACCAUCUUCUUCUAUGCCGGAAAGUGAUCUUCAUCCCUCGUGGGCCGCCAAGCAGGCACAGAAGGGAAUCAAACCGUUUGCAGGGAAGAAGGUGGUGUUUGAUGCCGAUGAUGAAAGUACCGACGUUCGAUCUUAUUCCAACGCCAAACCAAACAGCGACCUUCACCCGUCGUGGAGUACAGUGAGACCAUCUUCUUCUAUGCCGGAAAGUGAUCUUCAUCCAUCGUGGGCCGCCAAGCAGGCACAGAAGGGAAUCAAACCGUUUGCAGGGAAGAAGGUAGUGUUUGAUGCCGAUGAUGAAAGUACCGACGUUCGAUCUUAUUCCAACGCCAAACCAGAGAGCGAUCUUCAUCCGUCGUGGGCGGCGAAGCAGGCACAGAAAGGAAUCAAACCAUUCGCGGGGAAAAAGAUGGUUUUUGGUGACAAUGACGACGGGAGUACAGUGAGACCAUCUUCUUCUAUGCCUAAAAGUGAUCUUCAUCCAUCGUGGGCCGCCAAGCAGGCACAGAAGGGAAUCAAACCAUUCGCGGGAAAGAAGGUGGUGUUCGAUGCCGAUAAUGAAAGUAGCGACGUUCGAUCCAAUUCCUAUGACAAACCAGAAAACGAUCUUCAUCCAUCGUGGGCGGCGAAGCAGGCACAGAAAGGAAUCAAACCAUUCGCUGGAAAGAAGAUCAGCUUUGGUGAUGAACAUGUCGAAAGAAGCAAUUCCUACGGCGAAGCAAAACAAACGCCCGAUCUUCAUCCAUCGUGGGCAGCAAAACAGGCACAAAAAGGUAUCAAACAGUUCGCGGGGACAAAAAUAAACUUUGAUGAGGAAACCGGAGGCGACGGCACGAAUGUUUCAGCGAAACCGAAUUCGUUUGCAGACAAAAAACGUUUCUUCCAGCAGAAUACGGAUGGCGGUGCCAGUCGGUCAAAACCUACCACUUCCGAUGUGCAUCCAUCGUGGGCAGCGAAACUGGCCCAGAAAGGAAUCAAACCAUUCGCCGGGAAAAAGAUCAGUUUCGAUGAUGAAUAAAAAUCUAGCUGCAAUUUUA